AUGGACCGUGAUAAACCCAAGCCCAAGACCAAGAGGCUUUAUCAAGUUUGGAGAGGAAGUAAUAAAUUCUUGUUUGGAGGAAGAUUGAUAUUUGGUCCAGAUGUGUCUUCUUUGUUCCUAUCCAUAUUCCUAAUAGCAGGUCCAGCAAUUGGCUUUUGUAUAAAGAUCUUGUUUAUUAUCAGAAACCAGCUGAGAGAGAACAAAAACGCCUUCCCUUGGUAUUCUGUUCUUAUUGUGGCUGUACUGCUAACUGUUUUGGAUAUAUUCUUUCUCUUCCUUACAGCCAGUAGAGAUCCUGGGAUUGUGCCUAGAAAUAAUAAACCUCCUGAAUUUGAUGAAGCCAUUGAAAUCGACACUCCUUCUAUGGAUGAGAGAUCUUAUUCGGGCCAAGAAGAUAUUGUUCGGGUCGAACGAGAGCUGAAGGAGUCGAUGAGUGGGCUAACUAUUGAUCUUGAGGAGGAGGAUGUAGAUGAAAAGUUUGAUGCCAUAAUAUCUGAAUUACGACGGGCUAAAGGAUCCGGUCGAACAUAA